CGUCAGUUAGUGGUAGCUGGGCAAUACUGAGAGGAAGAAGUUAAGAUGGUUCUCAUCAAGGAGUACCGUGUGGUUUUACCCUGUAGUGUCGAAGAGUAUCAAGUGGGGCAGCUGUUUUCUGUGGCUGAAGCGAGUAAAAAUGAGACGGGUGGUGGUGAGGGCAUUGAGGUACUCAAGAAUGAGCCAUAUGAAAAAGAUGGAGAAAAAGGACAGUACACACACAAAAUUUACCACCUAAAGAGUAAAGUCCCAGGAUUUGUGAGACUCCUAGCUCCUGAAGGUGCCCUGAUUUUCCAUGAAAAGGCUUGGAAUGCCUACCCCUACUGCAGAACCAUUGUGACGAAUGAAUAUAUGAAAGAUAAUUUCUUCAUUAAAAUUGAGACAUGGCACAAACCAGACCUUGGAACGCAAGAAAAUGUGCACAAACUAGACAGUUCCACGUGGAAGAAUGUAACGGUGGUGCCCAUUGACAUUGCAGACAGAAAUCAAGUGGCCCACGCUGACUACAAGGAAGAUGAGGAUCCUGCCAUUUUCAAGUCUGUCAAGACUGGGAGAGGACCUCUUGGUCCCAACUGGAAGAAAGAGCUGAAUAGUAAUCCUGAAUACCCAAGGAUGUGUGCCUACAAAUUAGUCACAGUCAAGUUCAAGUGGUGGGGCCUGCAGACCAAAGUGGAGAACUUCAUCCACGAGCAAGAGAAGAGGAUCUUCACAAACUUCCAUCGCCAGCUCUUCUGUUGGAUUGAUAAGUGGGUGGAGCUAAAUAUGGAUGAUAUACGGCGUAUGGAGGCGGAAACGCAGAGAGAACUGGAUGAGCUUCGCAAAAAGGGUGAUGUGCGAGGAACCAGCGCUGCGGAUGAAUGAAAAGGAUUUUAAACACCACACCCACAAUGACAGCAGUUGUGAAGACUGCUAAGCGGGCUCCUUUGGUGCCACUUUUUUACCCUAACUGAAUCACGCUGUGGAGGAGGGAGCGCUGCUACCUGCAAUCAAUAGAGCAGAUCCCCGGCUUUAACCCAAUCAUAGUCACUCUAUCCAGUGAGGAAUUGAUUUAUAGCCACCGAUACGAUGCUGGCUGAUGAGACUCAGGUUAAUUUUGAUCUUGGACAGAGAAAGGCCGGCUAUGGCCAUCAGGAUAUUGAGACCUAGUCUUCUGCAGAGAUGCAAAGAAAAUCUAUUUACUUUUUAAAGAGAAAAACAAAAGCAAAUUCAUCAGCUUGAUUCCACAGUGGCAGGUGUUGGACCAAAUAUUUCCAGCUCCCCCAACCUCCUGUUUUUUCCCUACCAAAAACCCCCCAUUCCUCACAGAAUGAUGCCCUCUGUGACCUCUCUUUGUCUCUUCCCCAGUCUUCACUGUACACACUGUGGCUCAGUGUGUGGUUUGCAUUCCCUGGCAGGAGACUGUUUGUCAUGCUCUUGUUCCUUCCUGCCAUAACCUCCAUUAAGUGAUUACUAACAGCCUUGGCGUCUUGGCCCGUUGUAAUCCUUCUUCCAUCACCCCCCUCACCUUAUCGAAGCACUGCAUCUUAUUAACACUGACAAUCAUGUCUGUACAGGUAUUCACUCUCACUCCCACAUGCAAAGGUAACAGGAAGCCCACACACGCACACAUUCAUAUGACACAUGCAGUGUGCAGAGAGGAUAAACAUGUGAAUUCAUUCUUACCCAUACACACUCACACACACACUCACUCACAGGUGUGGAUACCUUUGUGCUGACUGAUCUUUGAGAAACUCAAGCAGGGGCAGAUCCUCGCGAGCUCUUUUAGCUAAAGGAUGUUACUUUGAAUAUGUUUACAACUCUCACCCCCACCCUAUACUGAAAACAGUCGCACAUAACAUACAUUGCAGCAUUCACCUCUCUAAAAGAUGUCCCUAGAGGAAAAGAAACUGCACUGAAAAACAGCCACAGAUGGUGCUACACCCCUCCAGCCUCUGUCACAAGCCAAACUGUGCUGCACUCACCCAACCCACCACCAGAGGCCUUUCUCGCUCCUCCGGCUCUCUGAGGUAGACAGUUUCCAGAAGGCCUCCUCCUCCUCUGCAUCAUUCUAGCUGUGUUUACAGAUUUGCAAUUGCCUUAUCAGUGCCUAGUGGAUACCAGUACCAUGUAGAGUUGCUUAUGUGUCCAGGCCUUUACACCUAUCAGAGCUACUACACUUAAUGAACCUCUGCUGCCAGCCAUUGUUUUAGCUACCUCUCUCAUUUCUGACUGGCCAUUUUUCCUGAUGCCCUAAAGUGUGUCCACCAAAUGUUUUGGAAAAUGUCAGGCACCCAGUUGAACCCUUAAGAGGCACAUAGGUUUGGGUUCUUUUUUGUUUCGUUCUGUUUUUCCCAUGUGAGAGGAUCUAUUAGUAUGCCACACAAUAUUUUAUGUCAAAGCGGUUCAAAUACACGACUGUGCCUGGUAGCCGGUUUACAAAUAAAAUGUUCCUCCAAGCACUGUUUUUAUAUCAAUACUGUGGUUGUCUGGUUGUCAUCUGUAGAUAUGCUCUUACAGCUCUAAACAACUUAUAUAAAGUUGAGCACAGAAAAGAAGCUCCGUGCCACUUCAAGCUGCUGUCGUUUUAUUUUUUGCGUAGCGUAAAUACACGACACACUCGUGCUCAGGAAAAACACUUUGGUGGACACACACCUCGUAAGGGUUAGCAUUAGCUGUUAGCUGGUACUUCUUAGGAUUCUUGAUUCUAGUCUUGACAAAAGAGCUUUAUCAGGGCGCAGACUUGUAUGUUAUUCUUUUGUUUCCUGGUAUGUGGAAGUGCAAUUCCUUUCCAUUCCCGCAAGCAGAACUUUGUUACUUUAACAGCCAGCGUGCACCGUUUGUCAUGUAAAUCUUUACCUCAGACCAGCCAUUGGAAAGAGCUGCCAUAUUAAUGUUUUCUGGCUUUUCAGCUCUGCAUCCAGCUCUCUCUCUCUUUUCUUUUUUCUUCAGGCUUCAGAAUUGUGUCACAUCAGCCUUGAAUAUUAAUUAUGCUUGUGUUACAUGUAUACAGUAUGUGUGGUUUGCUCAUGUGUUCCCUUGUAAUGUUCUUGAAUAUUUGUUUGUUUUGGUUGCGUGUCACUGUUUUAAAUUGCCCAACAUAAAUUUGGGAUUUGUGUUUAGUAAUCGGUUUCCCGUUAUUUCUCAAGGCAGAUUAUAUGAUUAAAUACUUUCAGGAAAGUAUUCUAGUGUGUUUGGUUAAUGACAAUCCUGUGAGGGCAAAUCUGACCAUGUCCACGGUAAUUGGCUUUUCCAAAGAGAAUAAAUGGUGUUUGUGUGUUCAGCAAAUAUUGAUUUAAUAUAGGAAAAUUUGGAAAACUUUUGUCAGAAGCAUUGGUUUUCAAUAACAGAAUCUUCUCAGGCUAACAAUAAGACAAAGAUUUGAGGCUGCAAAGAUAAUGUAGCCUGUUCGCUUUUAUCGUCUUUAUGUGUUAGAGCCACCUUUGUCUUUGUUACGGUCAUGAAUGCAUAGGUCUCUGAGCAAACAGUGUAAUUAGUGUUUCAAAGUUCAUUUGAAUGAUUCCUCAUGUGUGUAUGAAUAAAAAAAACUAAAAACAAGAACCCAGUGGAGAGAGGGAAAAGGAAAAAUCUUAAAUCAGUCGUUUGCUAUUCUUCAAAACAAUGAUGUUAACAAAAGUGUUUAAAGGUUCUGAUCAGCUUUUAAAAAUCAGGGGUUGUGGUAACGAAUGUAUGAUGUAUUGUGCCUUUUUCUUUUUGCACAUCUUUUUUGUGCUACUAAGUCUAUAUAUUGUAUCUAAAUAUAAAUAAAUUUCCUUUUUUUUUCUUCUUUUUUUGACAAAGU